AGCUGUACCCAAACACUGAUUUUUCUAGCAAUUUCCUUCUUUGCCACCCUUUCCAACAAGGGUUUGAACAGUUUUGCAUUUGUUGUAUGCACAUGAGUAAACGAAACGACAAACCAACAAUGCCUAACACUUUGACUAUAGUUGGAGGUUGGAAUAGCGAUACUAUCUCGCUGUACCUAAACACUUGUUUUACUUGCAAUAUCCUUCUUUACCACCCUUUCCAACAAGGGUUUGAACAGUUUUGCAUUUGUUGUACGCACAUGAGUAAACGAAACGACAAACCAACAAUGCCUAACACUUUGACUAUAGUUGGAGGUUGGAAUAGGAAUACUAUCUUGCUGUACCUAAACACUUAUUAUUUAUCUGGGGAG